GCCGAUAUUUCAUUAACUAAGUAUAACAUGAAGAGGCCAAUAAUGGCAAACUCAUCCCUGUUCUUAGAUGCAACUGAUAAAGCAUCUCGCAUCAGGAUGGAACCUGUUGCGCCAUAUUCACAUAACAAGAUGUCAAUGCCUUAUCAUCUAGCCACAAGCAAGAUCGAGGGGUUCUCUUCAUUGGAAGCAGUUCUGAAGGUUUUUUGGGCUAGUCAAAGGGAUGAGACAGCAAACUUCACAGGUUUCAACCGCCAAAAUCAUUUGCCAGUAUCUAGGGUAAAAAAGAUUUUGAAAUCCGAUCCUCGAGUCACGAUGAUCAGCAAGGAAGCUCCUGCUUUGUUUUCCAAAGCAUGUGAAUAUCUCAUUCUAGAGCUUACAUUACGAGCUUGGAUGCAUACUCAAUCAUGCAGUCGUCAGACCAUCCAGCGCUGUGAUAUUUUUCAGGCCAUAAAGAAUUCAGAAACUUAUGGUUUCUUGAUCCAUCUUGUUCCUUUUGGAAUGCACUGUGCCAUCCAUCAGUGUUCUAUUCAGGGUGUGAUAGAACAUGAAAAACCUGAGAAAGUGUUGCCUCCGGCUGAAAUGUUUUUGCCAGACAUGAAUAUUCCAAUCGAUAUGAACGAGGUUGAGCAGGAGAAUCUAAUAGCCGAGCCCUCUAUCAAUCAUAAAGGGUUUGACCUCAACUCUAUCUCCAGUGAACAUGAUUCUGCUGGAAGCUACUUAGCAAAAGAAACUUAGUUGAAAGAGUAAAAGAAAUGUGAAGACAACUCACCAAAACUAUGUUCACCAAAUUGUAACUUAUGCCAAAAAAAAAUACAACUAUGAUAGUUUAAAAUAAUCUGAAUGAC